GUCACAUUGGCACAGCACCCAGAAGAGAGAGACAAAAAACAGAGACAGAAACAGCGCAGCAACCAAAAUAAUAACAAUUAAUAAUACUAAGUGUCCGCCAAAGACAUUGCACGAAUAAAGGCAAACGCUCGUUAGCAGUCAGGCCAGCUAGUACUAGUUUCUUCCCUUUCGUUUUGCCAGCAGUCUCUCUUGGUUAUUUUCUGUUUUUUUUUUCUGUUGCGACGCAUAAAUCGUCUUAAUCGAUACACAUAUAUAUAUAAGUUAACGGAGAGUUCGAAAACAAGGCGAACGAUUGCAGAUUUCAUUUGAAUGUCGCAGUUACCUUUUGUGCAGCAACAACGACAACACUGGCAGUAGGCAGCGCGACAAUAACAAUAACAAAAUCAUAAACCAAAAACGACGAAAAAGAAGUCGAAAAAUAAAACGUACGACGCAGCGCAGUCGUUGUGCCAGUGUCUGUAUUGGUGCGUGUGCGGGUGUGUGUGUGAGUGCGAGUGCGAGGGAGCCAGCAAUAGGGCUCUGCGUCGACGGCGGCAGCGGCAGAAGAGGAAGAAACAAAAAGUUCAGUUUUUUUCAAACAAAACUCGAGCUUCGCAGUUGAGCAUUGGCUGCGCGUUUCGGAAAAAGAGCUGAAAUUAAUUAGUAGUAGCCCAAAAAAAUUAAGCCACCACACACUUAGAGGGCGUGGCAAAACAACAGAAAACAAAUAAUUGAAAGCAACAAAAACGGUGGGCGGAUAGAAGGAGAGAGAGGGAGAGGAAAAGCGAGACGCAGUUGGAGAUUUUGUUGCUGCUGCUGCCGCCUGCAACAAACGAAGAUAAUAAAAAAGAGGAGCUCGAAAGAGAACAACAGUAACAACAACACAGGGAAGUCAACAACAAAAGCUAGCGCAAGCGAGAGACACACAGAGAGCCACAGAGAGAGAGAGAGAGAGCGAGCAGCUGAAAACAUAUGAUUUUUGUUUGUGUUGUUGUUUUUGCGCGCGCUCCGCGGAACGUGUGAGAAAAGUGGAACGAGUUGUGUUUCAGCUGCUGAUUCAGAUUCAGCCAACGAACAGCAACAACAACGCAAGUGUUGACAACAAGAGAGCCAGCGAAAGAGAGCGAACGAGCGGGGGCAAGCAAGAACCGAUCAGACGCAGUGUCUCCAGGAGAGAAGUAGCAUAGGCCAGAGAGGGAGAGCGAGAGAGAGAGAGGAGAGCAACACCCACUGCCCACUGCCACCCCCAGCCGCCCGACGUCCCCUGACCUCCAGUGUGGAGGCUCUGCAUCAUUGGCAGCAGCUGUGGUAGCAGCUAGAAGAGGAGCGAUUCCGGCGGCCAGCAGCCACCACCGGCCAUCCCCCCCAUCAGCCACUGCAUCAUGUCCGCGGACUCGCCACGCCGCCAUCCCUCCGGCGUGGUCGGUUCCGGCAUUGGAUCGAGCUCCGGAUCCGGUUCCGGCUCCGGAGGCUUGGGCUCCGGCUCGGGCGGCAGCAGCAAAUCGGGCGCCGCCGUGCCCGCCAUUGUGCCGCCGCAAACAGUGUCGGAUCGCUCGAUCCUCGACUCGGCCAUUGGCUUCAUCAAUGAAGUGACAUUGGCCAAUCAGCCGGUGCAGGAUCCCAAGGACACCAUCACCUGGGCCCGCUUCGAAACGUGUGCGGAUGUCAGCGAUCCGCGCUUCGGCGAUGACUGGGAGCUGGAGGGGAAUGCAGCGCCGCCACUGCUCCUGAUACUCGGCUACGGUCUGGGCGUCCAAGUGUGGGCCAUUCCGGCCAACGGCGAGGCCGUUGAGGUGCUAUCCUGGCGUCACGGCGUCGUCACUGCCCUGCGGGUGCUGCCCACGCCGGCCACGGCCGUUGCCCUGGACGAGAACGGGCGGGCGGACGAGCCGGUCGAUGCCUUUGCCGAGAAACGACCCCUGGUGGCGUUCGUCGAUGGAGGCAGUGCAGCGGCCAGUGGCCUACUGGCUGGCAGCUCGGGAUUGGGUGGCGGCAGCGGCGGUGGAGUCACAAUAGUCGGCGGAUCCGGCGGAGGAGUUGGCGGCAUAGGCGUUUCGGCCGCCGCCCAGUUCAGUGCCGUGAACUUCAUGUCCCUCAAGACGGGCGUCCAGGUCAAGACGAUCAAGUUCAAGAACGCCGUGCUGGACAUCCAGGCCAAUCGCUCGGCGGUGGUCAUCACGUUCCACGAACGGAUCGCCGUCUUCGAUGCCAGGACGCUGGAGGACCGCCUCACCAUCACCACCUGCUAUCCCAGUCCGGGGAUCAACCCCAAUCCCAUUGCGCUGGGUCCGCGCUGGCUGGCGUAUGCGGAGCACAAGCUGCUGCACUCAAAGCGCAGCGGCGGCGGCUGCGAUGGCGAGGGCGUUCCCAGCUACACGGCCACCGUGCUCAAUGCGGCCAAGUCCUUCGGCAAGGGACUGCGAGAGCUGGGCGAGCAGGUGGCCGCCGGUCUGACGGGGACCACCGCCGGCAGCGGUGCCAGCUCCAAGAGCAGCAGCUUCGACUCGGCCAGCGGCGGUCCGGAUGCCAAGCAGUCGGGUGUGGUGACCAUCAUCGAUGUGAAGCAUCCGGUGAAGGACUACAGCCCCACGACGGGUACUCCGCUGAGCUCCACGGGUGGCUCACAAGGCGGUGGCGAUCCCAUCGUGGCCCACUUUGUGGCCCACAGCGAGGCUCUGGUGGCCAUGGAGUUCGACAGCUCCGGCAUGCUGCUCCUCACCGCCGAUCGGCGCGGCCACGAUUUCCACGUGUUCCGCGUGCAACCGCAUCCGGUUGGUCCGAGCCUGGCCGCCGUGCACCACCUGUACGUGCUGCAUCGCGGGGAUACUAGCGCCAAGGUGCAGCACAUCGCCUUCUCGCUGGACUCGCGCUGGGCUGCCGUGUCCACGCUGCGCGGCACCACCCACGUCUUCCCCAUCACGCCCUACGGCGGCGCCAUGGGCGUUCGCACGCACACCUCGCUGCAUGUGGUCAACAAGCUGUCGCGCUUCCACCGGAGUGCCGGCCUCGGGGCAGACGGGCGCUCCAGCUCACCGAUCUCGCACUCGGAGAGCACGACGUUUGUGCAGUCGCUGCAGCCGUAUCACAAUCCCACGUUGCCGCCGUAUCCACGGCCGUCGGUGGUCCAGCCGCUGGCCCAGCUGCGCCAGCCCUUCACGCUAGGAUCACCGCCUGGAUCGGCGGGCCUGGGCGGUGGAGUGGGCGGCGGCGUUGGCAUGGGCACUGGAGUGAGUUCCGGCGGUCACGGGGGCGUUGGUGUGGGCAGCAGCAGCCAAAGGCAGCGACAGCGCCUGUCCUCGCUGUCGGACGACAGUGGCAAGCCACUGAGCGUCUGCUCCAUCUUCGCCAAGUCGCGCUCCUGGCUGCUGGAGCCACCGAUGGCGACACGAGAGCAGCCGCAUCGCGUCCAGCGCAAGGCGGUGGACUCGCUCUUCGUGAUGGCCGGACACGGGGCGCUCAUCCAGUACGAUCUGGACACUAAGCUAGCCUCACAUGUUGCCAAAGAGAAGAUUUGUGAUGACACGCCCAUCGAGCUGGAGGUGGAGGCCCGCGCCCAGUGGAACCUGGGGCGGCGCAAGGAUGGAUCUCAAGAAAUCGCACCACCGCUGACGCUGGACAACUGGCUGAUCAAGGAUCGGCAUGCCAGCCUGCUGCUGGACAGUGCCCAUCAUUUCGACGAGCCGGACGAGCGGGCCGAGAGCUGGCUGGCUCAGGUGGAGAUUAUCACGCACGCAGGUCCCCACCGUCGGCUGUGGAUGGGGCCGCAGUUUGUCUUCAAGAACUACAACACGCCCAGCGGUUCCAAUCUGAACCACGUCGAUGCAGAGGCCGUGGAGAUAGGCGUUACCAAGACGACGACCACCACGCUGCCCUCGACGGCAGCAGCUUCCUCUGCCCUGGGAGUGGGCUCGGUGGGGGGCAAGGAUCGCUCCAGUCCGCUGAACAUGCCACUGAAUGCAGGCUCUUCGGUGGGAGGAGCUGGCAUCGGCAGCUCAGCGGUGACGGGACGCAGCGGAGCCGGAGUACCGGUUCUAAUCGAAUCCGGAUCUUACAGCAGCAUUGAGCAGAGUCCCAAGCUGAUGGAUCGCUUCCGGCAUGGCCACUUGGACUCGGACUACGUCCACGGCGACACCCGUCUCAAGGAGGACUUGGCGGAUGCCAUGCGCGAAUCCCCAUCCACGGCUGCGGCGCGACGUGAGACCACGGCUGCCUCUGCAGAUCAUGCAGCUCCUCCGUGUGGCGAUCACCUGGCCACCGGCUCCUCGCCAGCCCCAGCGGAUCUCCUGGCCGCCGGCGGCGGUGCCGGAAGUUCGUCCUCGAACUGUGAUAAUGCCUGCUAUUACGAUGCCCUCGCCGAGCACGAGAGCCUCAACGACCUGGACGAGGUGGCGGAGGAUCAGCACUCGGAGGCGGAGACGCAUUUGCACUCGAUGGAUUCCAUUUCUGCCCUGGCCUCCGUUCUGCCCAACAUUUGCAGCUAUUCGCGCGUGGAGAAGAUGGUCAAUCCGCUGGGCACGGUCACGGAUCUGAAUGCUGGCAUCUCCGGCGAACUGCAGACGGAUAUGCUGGACGAGGUGGUCGGCCAACUGGCCGCCGAGGACACGGUGAUCCAUGAGAAUUGCGAUGAGGCCCUGUUCAGGCCAGUGGUGGCCAUCUUUUGCAGUGAUCCGGUGGAGCGGCAAAAGCUGCUGCAGAAGGAUCAGAAGACGGAGGAGGCCACGGCAUCGGAACUCGAGCUGGAGCAGGCCAUUUGCCAACCGCCAGUGGUGCUGGUCAACAAGUUGAUAGUGCCCGUGAUUGCCAAGGAGGUGGACGAGGUGCUCGUCCAGAAGGAGAAGCAGAAGUCCCAGAAGCAAUCGCACAAGGCACAGCAGCAGCAGCAGCAGCAGCAACAGCAGCAACAGAAAACCCUGCGAUCCCUGGCCGCCGCCGAGGAUGCGGCGCAGGCGCAGAAAUUCGCAGAGCUUUCGCACCUCAACAAGCCCAGGGGUAAUCCCAGCCAGGGCAACAACACUAAAACUGCCAGCCAUAAGAGUGGGAGUGGCACCUCCGAGGAUGAGGCCACCACUGCCACGAUCGCAAAGUCAGCGAAGAAGGCUAAGAGUAACAAGCAAAAGACCAGCGGGAAAGUGAUCGAAAGGAAGCCAGAACAGAAGAAUCUAGAGCAGGAUAAGAUCCUAGUGGAGAAGGAGGAGGUGGUGAAGAAAGGCAAGCCGGCGGAGGACUCCGAUCCGGAAUCAGAUCAUGCUGACAGUCUGCUGGCCAACAAGAGCAGCAUUGCGGCCGUCAUGGUGAGCAGUGCCAGUGCCCAGGGAUUGAGUUUGCAUGUGGAGACGAGUGCGCCGGAUGCGCAGGACAAGAAUGAAGAGGAGGAAGAGGAGCAGGAGCCCGAGGAGGAGCCUCCUAGGCCGAGCAAGAAGAAGGUACAAGCAGGGGGAGCAGUGGAAACCAUGACAAUCGACAAGGAAAAGGAGAAAUGUAAGGAAAAGGAGCUGAAGCUCAAAGAGAAAGAAAAGGAAGCAAAGCUUAAGGAGAAGGAACGGGAAGAAAGGCUUAAGCUCAAGGAAAAAGAAGACAUGUUAAGGGAGAAAGAACGGGAAGAGAAGCUUAAGGAGGAAAAGAUCAAGGAAAAGCAGAGAGAAGAGAAGCUCAAGGAGGAAAAGAUCAAAGAAAAGCUAAGGGAAGAAAAGCUGAGAGAAGAAAAGCUGAGAGAAGAAAAGCUGAGAGAAGAAAAGCUUAAGGAGGAAAGGAUCAAAGAGAAGCUGAGAGAAGAAAAGCUAAAGGAGGAGAAGAUUAAGGAGAAAGAAAAAGAAGAAAAGCUCAGAAAGGAGCGGGAAGAGAAGUUAAAGGAGAAGGAACGCGAAGAAAAACUUAAGGAGAAGGAAAGAGAAGAAAAGAUCAAGGAGAAGGAAAAGGAGAAGGAGGAGCUGCUCAAGAAAAAAGAACGAGAGGAAAAGCUAAAGGAAAAGGAGAGAGAAGAAAAGCUAAAGGAGAAGGAGAGAGAAGAAAAACAAAAGGAAAGGGAGAGAGAAGAAAAGCUCAAGGAGAAGGAGAGAGAAGAAAAACAAAAGGAAAGGGAGAGAGAAGAAAAGCUCAAGGAGAAAGAACGGCAAGAGAAACUGAAGGAGAAGGAACGUGAAGAGAAGCUUAAAAAGGAGAUGGAAGAAAAGCUUAAAGAAAAGGAAAGAGAGGAAAAGCUUAAGGAAAGGGAAAGAGAGGAAAAGCUUAAAGAAAAGGAAAAAGAGGAAAAGCUAAAGGAAAAAGAGAAGGCCGAAAAGCUCAAGGACCUCGAAAGAGAAGCUAAGCUGAAGGAGAAAGAGGCACAGAAGGAAAAAGAGGCCACAAUCAAGGAGAAGGGGGAGAAAAAAAAGGUGAAAGAGAAGGAAAGGUCCCUCGAAUCCCUCAUCCCGGCAACCGUGACUAGCCCCUGGAGGCGCGUCGUCGACGAGGCUCCACCCAAACUGCCAGCGGUUCAGGAUUAUCCCAGCCUGGGCAAGAAACCCACUAAGGCGAGUCCGGAAAAGAAGCGAGAUGAGAAACUAUUGCCGGAACUAACUACUCCCCCGAAAGAGGUCAAGGACACGUUCGAGGACUUCCUGAGUGGCCUAAAGCCGCUGGAGGCCCUGCCACCUCUUCCCGCUCUAGAACCCCUGGAGGUCAAAGAGGACUCCAAGAAGGAAACGGUCAGUUUGAUCAAUUUCGAAACUCCGCUCCAGGAGAAGUCGGCGAUCCCUCGAAACAUUUCCCCACCACCCCGCGGUUUUACCGAACAGAAUCUGAUCCUGGCCCUGUGCGACUCCCUGCACUACGAAAACGAACAGGAACGGCUAAGGAACACAGAUCCAGAGGCGCAGACCGAGGUGGUGACCACACCGGAACCGGUCUUUAUAAGCCUGGAUACUCUGGAUCUGCUGAAGUCCACCUCCACGUCGAAUAACUCUUCCGGAUCCGAGGAGAUUGUCAUCAUGGAGGAGCCCAUCAAGAAGCUGAGCAAGAAGCACAAGCGACUGAAGCAGCUCCAGCUGCAGCAGCAGCAAAGGGAGCGGGAACGGGAGCGGGAACGGGAGCCAGACGACGAGGAGCUGCGCCCCCUGAUCAGCAUCAGCAUGUGCGACUCGCAGCUGGAGGUGCAGGAACAGGAACAGGAGCCAGCUGCCAGGGCAACUCCCGACGAGGAUGAGGACGUUGAGGAGAUGGAGCCAGAGCAAUUACUGCCCGAGGACCUGCUGCACUUCGGCAGCAGUGGCGUGGCCACCAACGCCACCAACACGGACAGCGAGGGACCCGUGCCGGCCACCACGUCCGACGACAAUGUGGUCUACGGCUCCUCCAGCACAACCAAUGCCGCACCGCACAAGCUCAAGACAAAGAAGCUGGAGCACAAGAUCAAUCUGAUAGCGGCCAUCGAGGCGGCCACCUCCUCGUCCACCUCCUCGGCGGAGGAGAGCAGUGUGGAGACGACGGUUCAUUCGGAUCCCACGGGCCUGGGUCUGGGCAUUGGAUUGCCAUCCACGCUUUCGCCAGGCGGAGCAGCUGGCCCCGGGAACUUGGCCUCGGGUGCUGCCACCCCGGCCACUCUGCCCGCCGCCGGAGGCGUCACCUCUGUGGGACUGGGCGUGGGCGUGGCCAGCCCGCCGAGUGCCACAAAGAAGAAGACGAAGCGCCGCAAGAGAUAAGAAUUAGCGAUUUGUUUGCUGUGCGUCUUUAGCCUGGUGGUGCUGUGGCAUCUGUACGCCAACCGACAGGAUGCAGGGGCACCCACUGCCCAUGCGCUCCAGCAGCAGCAGCAGCCGCAGCAACAGCCGCAGCAACAGCCGCAGCAACAGCCGCCUCCGGAUCAUACUCUCUCGGAACAGCCAGGGCAAGCGGACAACCAGCCCGAUCCCAUCGCGAAGCAGGAGGAAGGUGACCAGCCGGCGGGCGGAACCAGAGCCAAGUAGGGGGAAUCACUCCUUCUACCAUAGACAGCAGCAAACGAGGGCAGAUCUCCUCCGCCCCACAGCAAUUCGAAACCCAUGCGGAAAUGGACAACAACCACGACAGAUGACUCUAGAUUCUUAAUUUUUAGCUGUGUGCAAGAAAGUAAAUCAUUUCAGUAACCACAAAACGAAAACCAACAAAAAAACAACAAAACAAAACACAAAACUCUGCAAAAAAAUUGUGAUUUAUCGAAAAGAAAAACAAAAAGUUAGUUAUAAUGCAUAAUUUAAAGCGAAAACAAAACGUAAAAAACAAAACAAAACGACUGUAGCUAUUCGUUUAGACAAAAAACAUAAAAACCAAUGAGGAAAAGCGACAAAAAAUAUUUAAAUACUAACCGAUUUUUAAGUGCAAAGUUAUAUUGUUAGCUAUACAUUUCUAGAAACUAUGAAUACCGAAAGGCAUAUAUAUAAACCACACCCACUUAUGUAUAUGUAUAUAUAUGCUACAUAUAUUUAAUUGAAGGAAAAAGAAAAAAGAAAAGGCCUAAGCGUAAGCACACAGACCAUGUAUCGCAAAUAAUCAACGCUCUCAAAUUGUACAUAAAUGGCGCCCGAACAUUCGCUCAGUGCGAAAAUCGAAAUUUGUAAAAUUGAAAUCCUGCCCCUAGCUUACACACACACAGGACACACAGUUGGAAGUUAAUGGUUAAAUGCAAAUAUUCAACCCACAAGGGUGUUCAAUUCUAUCCAUAGGACGAUCCUCCCAAGGAACUACCACACCUUCCUGCCCGAAAUCCAACUGGGAGCAACUUUUGCAAAGCAACUAAUGAUGACUACAGCAUACUGAUUAUAAUACUAAUGUCCAGUGUCACAAUCGUUUGAGCUCGUUCUAGGCUUUGCUUUCGUUGAGUUUUCUCCAUACUCGUUCAAGUUUCAUCUACUUUCUCCCGCACUCCAGGUCCCCUUUUGAAUUUUCUUUUAUUUCUUUGUUAAUUUAUACAAUUAUUAGAAAUUGUCUCAUGUGUAUGUUUUUUUAUUUCGUUUUCUCGUUUUUUUUUUCUUGAAAAGAUUGUAAAAAGUAAGGAAAUCAGUUGUUUUCUGUAUAUAUAUAUGUGUAUCGUAUAAAAAUUACGUCUAACUCGCAGUAUUUAUGAUUUACGUUUGAGAGAUGGAUGAAAAAGGAGGCAAGGAAAUCGCUAAACACUAAAAUUUAAUUUAAUUAAAUGAUGAAUGAUUAAAUAAAUGCAAUUUUAGUUAAAACAACA